AAAUACAAACAAGAUAUCAAACAAGUAUGAAAAAGAUAUUUAACAGUAAAAUUAAAAUCUAGAAGGAAAUUGUACUACUGAACAGUAAGAAUGUUAGACGAAGAAAAUGGUGUCUUUUUAAGUUCGCACUAUUAAAAUGAAAAGUUUAAUGAAACGACAUCAUGGAAACACAGCUAAUAUUAAAGUUAUAUUCUCCAACGUAUGUUCACAAAGAUGGUCUCCUACACAGAUUUGAAAAAAUCUUGCUUUUUUUCUCAUUCCGGUUAAACACUUUUAUAAAAGAGAUCUCCAAAAAAUUAUUUUUUGUUAACUAUUCAGUACAAAACGAUGACAAACGAGUAAGCUUAUUAUAUACCACGGUAAACGUGAAAUAAUUCACAUACCAUUUUAAAUAAGAACAAGAAACACUUUCUUUAACAAGAUUAUAUACAUGUUAUCUUAAAAAGAUUAUCUGAAUGUUAUCAUAUAAAAAUGCGGUAAAAAGCUUUAAAAAUUUCAUUUACGUUAACAGCUUGACAGCAUGUAAAAAAAAGUUGUUCAAACUAACGUCAUUUUUGUAACAUCAUAUUUGAAUAUCAAAAGUGUUGUAACUAGUUUUUUUAUUUUUUACUUUUUAUAUAAAAAAAAGUGAAGUAUUGUGUAAAUUUUGUAAAAUGCAUUAUUCAAAAUAAACCAAUCCAAUUGCAAGAGAGAUGAAUACUCAAAGAAUAGCUUUUAGAUAUAGGAGAUAAAGUAAGAAAAAAAAGAAAAGCAUUUAUACUAAUGUUGAUAGAUCAAUAAUAGGAUAUAAGUUGCGUUGAAAAUUUUUUAACAGUAUAAACGUUAAUGGGACAGUUGUUGACAAAUCUGUUUGAAAAUGAAAAAGAUGUAACAAUAGAACUAAAUUCCGUUGGUAUUUUUGGCGGGAACGUAACAAUAUCAGAGGAUGGUGAAUACGCAGUUAUUAAUUUUGAAGGAAAAAAGAGAGAAUACAAGAUCGACAGAGUGAAGAUCAGAAACAGUCGUGAUUUUAGCGAUAAAAUAAGAAACAGCAAAGAUCUAUCAGACAUAGUAAAAACACUCGAGGACUUACACGUGUUUAACGAAAAAAAAACUAUUAUCAAUAAAGAUGACUGUAUAGAUAAUGCAGAAGAUAAGAAAAAAUAUAUUCCGGAAUUUAACAAAAAAAAUUCUGAUAUUGGAAUUUCAAGUUACAAGCCGAUUCUCGGUACCUUAUACAACCAAGUUGGGUUUCAAAACCAACCUGUUUUACAAAAUACAAAACCUUUCUGUAUUAAAGACGACCCAAACAACAAUUUAAUCAGUGAAAUUAAAGAAGAAAACUUUGAUGAUAAAAGUCUUGCUGCGACUAAGUUAUUAUAUGAUAAAUUAUUAAAUGAGUUUUUGCGCAAAAACGGCAAAAAAACGAAAACAAACCAGUCAAAAUAUAACAAAAUAACAUGCAACAGUAAUACUAAAGUUCUGGGAAAUCUUAACGGAAAAAUAUCCGAAGUUUUAAAUGAUAACCAAACCAGUAGCGAGAAUACUUUUUUUCUAUCUGAAACUUUUGAUUUAGCAGAAAGCUCUAAAAAAUUAUUAGAAGACGAAAUAAAACUCAAACAAGCUGAUUUUAAUUUCAUCGAUAAAAAUAAAGAAAAACUAUGCUCUUCUUCGCAAUGUUUUCAUAACAAAACAGGCAGCAAAUACCAAGAAAACUAUCAGCGUAACUUGUGCGACAAAGUUGUAAAAUAUGAACAGGAUGAAAAGGAAAUGUUUAUACCAAACGAUAAUGCCACAAUCGUAGACCCUCUUGAUUUUGAAACAAAGCUUGAACAGCCAAUAGCUCAUGAUUUAGAGAAAGAACAUGACUCGUCUGUUGAAAAUCAUAAUGGUGAGACUUUUACACGCAAGCAAUGCGAAAUAAAACAAGAAAAUCUAUCUCCUGAAGGUUCUCACAGUUUUAAUGAAAGUGUUUUUUACCCGAGAGAAACGUUAAAUACAGUCAAUAAAAAUUGCACUAUGCAGUUCAAACCCAAGUUUGCAUAUAAUCAGUCAGAUAGCUUAUUUUUUGAAAUAAAUAGAAGCGCAUCAGAUGGUUUCAUUUAUUUUUUAAAAGCUAGCGAACUCCGAAAAGAACUGAACGAAGAAAAAAAAAGUGUAUUUAAAAAGAUGACAAAGAAAGUGAAAUGGGAUAAAAAGAAAAAAACAUAUAAGGUAAAAAAUACAUAUCUCAGUUACUCAGAUGGUAAUUUCGACCUUACUCAAAAUGGUGUUCAAUUUAUACAUCUCGAUAACUAUCUGCAAAAUAAACAAAAAGCCUUGCAUGAAAAUGAGUUUUCUGCAAAAUUUAAAAGCGAAUCAACAGAAAGGAAUCACUCCACGGAUUUUGAAGAUGAACUUACCAAAACAAAUCAUUCAACAGAAUUUGUUUGUCAAGAAAAGUGUUUUCAAGAUGAACAGACAGCUUCAGGUUAUUUUAUGAAUGUCUCAUCUUUCAACCAAAAUAAUUUAAACGACAAGUUAAUAACGUUUAACACAACAAUUGAUAAAAAGGAAGAGAUUACUGAAAAUUACGAAAAUUCUUGUAAACAACAGGUUUUGUUUGAAUCUACCGUGAUUGAAGACAACCAUGAUGAAUUUAUAGCACCUGUUUUUGUAAAGGUCGAUGAAGUUUUCAGUAAUGUCACUGCAAUAAAUGAUUCAGUGAACAACACAAACUCUGAUAACAUAGAAUUGAAAUCUAAUUUUAGUAUGAUAGCUGACAGUAUAAAGACAAAUAAUUCUAGUAAAAUAUCUCACAGUAUAGAUACAAAUAAUUUCUUUGUGGGAAAUAUUAUGGAGGAAAAGCAUAAUGAUUUUAUUAUUGAAAGUAAAGAUUUCAAAAUUGAAGAUUUAAAUAAAGAAAAGCUUUGUGAAACAUUUCAAAAAUGUGGAUCAUCUUUAAACAAAUUAGUUCUCAGCCCAUCAGAAAUCUCCUAUUUGAAAGCUCCUAUCAUUAUUACCGAGCUUAAAAAUGUUAAAUCUAAUUCUGACGACAUUAAUCAAUACAAUAAUUUUGACAUGCACAAUUUAGUACCAAUAGAUUCUGGUCUUAUUGAUGAAACAUCUGAUCCAUUGGUUGUAUUAAAUCAAUCAUACGAAAGUGAAAUUAGGUUUGCUGAAAUAAAGAAUAAUUCUUCAGAUGACACAUUUGAGAGACAAACAUCAAAAAUCAAUAGUCAAAAAUCAAACAAAGAAGUUUUAAAACCAACAGAAGAAACUGUGUCCUUUACGUCAUUUCAAAAUGAAUCAUCUGAUUUGAUUUCAGCUUCAGUAUUUAUUCAACCCGAUUUCGUAAACCCAGAAGUUAAUCUUUUUAAAGAUAAAGAUUUUUCUAAAAAAGCUGAAUCUUUAAUUAUUGAUGAGUUAUCUUUACUACCAGUAUUAGAUACAAAAAAUGAAAAAACAAACAAAAGUACAGAAAAAAAGAAGAUUAUUGUUGAUUUGAAACCAGAAAAAAGUAAAACAACCAAAUUACUGAAUGAUUCUAGCAACAAAACAAUUGAAAAAGCGAAACAACUCAUUUCAAAAAGAUCUGAAUCUUUUAAAUUUAAGGCUGAUUACAAUCUUACACGAAACAGCAUAAACAUAAUAGAAUCAAUUGAGAGAGAAAUUGAACAAGAAAAAUAUCAGGAUCCUUCUCGACCUAACCCCAUUAUGAAACGCAACACUGUUAACUUUUAUGCAAAUGAAGACUCUAUUGCAGUUAACAACAUUGCCCCUCGUUCUAUUAAUGUUUAUAAUAAAUGUUUUAGCACUGGACAAAUUAACGAAUCACAUAAAGGUAUGAAUAAAAUUCUUGUAGAGGCUCGAAAAAAUCUGCUCCCAAUAGCAAAAAGUACAAGUUGCACUAAGUCUGAGCGUAAUUUUCAUUCAACAAAAAGUCAUCAACAAUACCAAAUGAACAUUAAAGAACCUCAAAGUCAGUUUUUAAUUCCAAUAAAUAAUAAACCACACGAUUUAGAAACUGAUAUUGAUGAAAUUGACGAUGAAGAACUACUGAUAGCUUUGCACAGUUUUAGAUCAGCUAAAUCAACUAGCAUUACCGUAACUGAUAUUGAUACUAUUAUCGAAGCCGUAAACGAUACAGUAAAGGAUAAGGAUACUGUUUUCGAAACAGCAAGUAAUACAAUUAAUGAUACCAACACUGUUACCGAAACAAUAAACGAUAAAGUUAUUGAUAGCAAUACUGUUAUUGAAACAGUUAGCAAUAAUGGUACUGUUAUUAAAAAAGCGAACAAUGCACUUAGCAAGAUCGAUAAUGUUAGCGAAAUCAAUAAUGUUUUUAAUACCUUCAGAGAUACUGAUCAUGUUAUCGAAACUAAUGUUUAUAUAAAAUCGGUUGAAGACAUUAACAAAAACAAUAAAGUACACAACGAAGCUUUGGAAAAUAUAUCAUCAGUAAAUCGCAAGAAGUUUGUGAUUGUCUCUAAAAGUCCAAGAAGAAACAGCUUAAGAAGAUCAGUUAGUUCACUUGACAAAAAACCUGAACAAAAUCCUGACAAAAAAAAAAGUCGUAUGUCUUAUUCUCACAGUUUUAAAAUUUCAGAAAAUUUUUCUGUCAACGUUUCAGUUCCUUGUAGGUCGGGUAAAAUAGUUGGUCCGUUAAACAAGGCAUCAGUUAAUAAUUUAUCAAGUUUUGAAUCUAAUUUAGCAAGUUCAGAACUCACAGAUAAACUCUUGCUAACUAAACGCAACAUUUUAAAAGAUAGUUUGAUGGAAAACAAAAAUGAUUUAAAUGUAAAAUGUAGUAAAAAUACUGAAAAUGCAACGAGUUGGUUAACAAAAUUGGAAGACAUUCCUUGUAUUCCAGUAAUUGAAAACAAAAUUUCUGAAAAAAACAAUAAAGUAUCUUCUACAAUCACAACUUCUAAAAAUAACUGUAUUGAUUCAUGUGAACAAGGAUCGUUAAUCUCUCCGAAUAAAAUUUUUGAAGACAUUACAAAGCGUUAUUCAUCGGACAUAUUAGAUCAGAAAUUGCAAACUGACAGUAAAGGAAAAAGUAUAAGGAAUUAUAAAAGAGAUUCUUUUGACAUACAGCGACUGUUUGAAAUUUAUCAAAAGGAAAGAGAGGCAUUGAUGAAAGAAAGCGACAGCAUUAGCGAUUUCAGUGAAAUAUCGUCAAUUUCCGAUAACAGUUUUGUCUCUUUAAACUCUCUAGAAGAUACAAUUUUGGAUGGUUCUUUCAGAUCACUCGAGCAAUUUAGUAAAAAUCAACCGAUUAAAUCAACAGAGGAAUCACAAACAACAUUUGGAGAUUUAACAGCUCAAGCACAGACACAUAAUUCUGGUUUAAAAUUUACUCCUAAAACAGAAAAUAUAUACAAUUCAAACCUCAGUUCAUUUUUGCAAAAGCAAGCAGCAUCGGCAGUACAAAGUCGAAGAAAAAAUAAAACAAAAUCAAUACCGUUAGAUAAAGUUCUAGACUCUUCGUAUACAUUUGAAAAUAUUAACAAAAGCGAACCUAACAUAAAUUUGCAACAUUAUCGCGAAUGUUUUCCAUCAACAAGUCUGACGUUGUCUGAAACGAAAGUUCAUGAAAUUAAAGCUCCAAUAAACUCCACAACUUUAUCAACCAAAGUUACAUCCGAAAAUGAUAUUAAUCUCAAACAAUGCAACACAUCUAGUAUACUCACUAAAAGGAGAUUUUUAUCUGUAAGCGAAAAAAGACAACACGGCCAACAAGAUGCAAACAAAGAUCAACUAAAACAAAGCAAUUUAAAUAGAUUAAGUUUUCACACAAGCUUAGACGAUGUGAAUUUCGAAAUUAAAAACCCUUAUGCAAAGCUAGAUAAAAAAAAAAUUUCACAGCAAAUUAAAAACAAUUUAGAAAAAAUAUUUACAGACGACCCGGAUUCAAGUGGAGCAGAGAGUUUUACUACUGAUGAUGUAUUUCUAAAAAACUUUGUAGAUUCUGAAAGAACAGUUAUUUGCGGAAACCCACCAUGUUCAAAAUUUCAGGUUCUUCGAGGGCAGCAAAAAUCAAAGUUUAAAACUUGCCAGUCAUGUUUUACGUGCUAUUGUAGCAACCGUUGUAAAAAAGCGCACUGGGAAGAUCAUAAACGCAUGUGUUUGUACGGACGUAUUUGUAAAUAUAUAAAAUCCUUUUUAAAACAGUGUGAAAACGGAAAAAAGAUUAAUAGAUAUUUUAGUAAAUUGUCUGCGGAAAACUAUAAAAUAAAUGGAAAAGGAUGCGUGAGUAUAAAGUUUUUAUCUUUAAAUGAAGUGAAGUUUACAUGCAAAAAAAAUGUUCUACCAACUCAGUAUUGUUAUGUCCAACUCAAAGAAGUAGAGUCUGAUAAACAAAAUCGUCAAAACUGUUUACUGCUACAAACGUUGCGCGAUUACAACCCUGAAGAAGAGUUUAUAGUAAAGAUUUCAGUCCUAAAUCAAAUUAAAAAAAAUCAAAGUAAAUACAAUCCUCCAUCCGUAUUUCGCUGUGGUCGAAUACCAUUUUUAUUAAAAGGCAAACUAAGUACUCUGUCUGUUAAUCGAACAUUUUCUAUUCCUUUCAUAAACUUAGUUCAUAUUAACACUAUGGAGACUCGACGUUAUUUUUGUCGCGAAAUUUCUAUGAGCCUUAAAAGAUAUGGGUUUAUUUUAAAAGAUAAUCGUGUUGUAUACGAAGGUUUAUGCCAAUAUGUUGAGAGUAGUAUUCCUUUUCAACCAUUCCUAAUUUCAAAACUGAUAAACGGGAAAAAUAUUGAGUUUUGUAUUACUAUAUCUCCGUUUUCUUGGCAGUUAAAUAUCUGAUAAACGCUCUUUACACGAGUUUUCCAAUUGCCUUAACAAAACUUUGGUUCGUUGAUAUCGCUUUACUUGAGUCACGUUUCGGCAACGUUUUGGCUUAUGAAAUACUUAAGCAAAACCUUUUGAAAAGUGGCUUGAAGCUUUAAUUUAAAAAAUUCAAAUGCAAAAGAAUGAAAAGAUCUUUGAAAGUAUUUUUUUAACAUUAAACAAGCUUUACGAUUUUUUUAUUGAGAAAAACCUAAUAUUUUUCAUACAAUAUUGCUUUAGGUGUGUUUUUUAUGAUUUGAAUUUAAGUUUUCCUAUUUUACUUUUACUGUAUUAACAAUUUUUUUUUGGUUGUUGAGUUACUCAAUAAACAUCUUAGGGUCUACUCAAAAGCCAUUGCGAAAUAGCAAUUAAUAAAGAGGUACGUCGUCGUCUUCUUCAUCAGUGUCUUUUUUAUGGACAUAGGUAUCACAACUCGGAUCCUUUAAUCCAAAGCCAGCAUUCUAACCACUGCGUCAGGGCUUCUAUAAACCUUUUUGUUAAAUACAUAGUUAACGCUUGUAUAACUAUGUAUUUAAAAUGUCUUCUUUUAAAGUUACUUCUUUUUGAAAUCUGGUUUUGUAAGUUUAAAAAAAAAAUAGUUAGGGUCGUUUCCACACCUACCGUGAGUCGACACUUAUCGUAGGUUUUAAAUAUUAACAUAAAUUUUACAAAAAGUAGUUAUUUUUAUAUUUUUUUAUCAACAACAUUGUCAUGCACUUCUAUUACAAUACAUAGAAACCGCAAUCCAUAGUUACUUAUAUGAAAUCAGUGGGUUUAUUACGUCAGCUUAUGAAAAUACUUUUUUUUAUAAGUAGCAGCUGUUAGAAGCGUUUCAAAUAAAACAAGGGAAUUUCGAAGAUAACAUAAAAUUUUCUUUCUAAAUUGACUUAAUCAGGUAAAUAAAACAUGAAUCAUUAUUAAUAUCAUUAAAACCACUCAUCAUUAUAGUAUCAUUGUAGUGUUUUUGAAUGUACGAUAAAUAUGAACUAAAAAAAACGUCAUUCCAUACAUAUCGUAUGUCCAAUGGAUAAUCAGUUUGUUUCUUUUUUACUAUAAAAGUAAAUAUUAUUUUACUUAGAUUCUUUUACAAUCGAAGACAAAAAUAUAAAACAAAGUUUGUAGCUCAAAAGGAAGACUUCAAUAUGCAGAUAAUCAACUACGUGAUGCUACUAAUGCUGCUAAAAAAGGUAUGGUUGUGUACAAAGCAAGCAAGAGGUUUAGAAUUCCUUAUCAGACGCUUUGUGAUAAAAUAUCUGGAGGAACUUCUUUGAAGAUACAACACCGCGGGUAUGAAUCGGUACUAGCAUUAAAUUUUUUUAUAAUUGAUCCUUCUAUGGCAAAUAAUAUUAAAAGUGGUUUUAAAAACACCGGAAUUUUUCCAUUUGGUGCUAAUAGUGCUGACUACAAAAAAAUUGUUCAAAAAUUGAGUCAACUGUUGCUCCGGCUCCUUAUUUAAAAGAAAACCAUUCAAGUGUGACUUGAUCAGCUUCCUCUCCCAUUACCUUUAUUGAAAAGUGCAUUGAUUUAAGUAUUUUAGAGCAGUUUAAAAUGGCUGAGGAACAUUUAGGUUGGAAAGGUGAUCCUUUAAUAACUCCAGUUGUAUCAUUUUCGGAAAAGAGCCUAAUCUGAAACAUAUAAGAUUAUAAUUUUACCUGAUGAAAUGCAACCGGGUAAUAAAAAUCUAUCAACAAAUUGUAAUUUAGAAAAUGUGCAAGUUAUAACCGACAUGGAAAUGCCUGAUUUUAAUAAUGCAGCUGUAAUAGAACCAAAACCAGCUUGUUUUAGUUUAAAAAUAACAGCAGAAAUCAUAAUUCCAAUCGAAAGUGUUUUAAUAUGGUCAACACAACCAGUCCAAAUGUCUAAGCGCAAAUUAAAACGUCUACCAUCAGUUAGAUGUUUUCAUUCAGAUGGUUUCAGAUAUUACAAACAUCGGUUGUAACAUCUGAAACUUGGCAGCAAAUUCAGAAGACAAAAGUGCAAGAAAAGUCUUAAAUAAAUGAUGAAAAAUUAAGAAUCAAUUAGCUGCGGAUAAAAAGUCAAAAAUAAAGGAAGAAAGAUUGAGAAAGAAACAAUUGGCUAUUUAGAAAAAGUUAUUAAAUGAAAAAACUAAAAAAGAAAGAGAAAACAUAAGAAUUUUGAAAAAAGAAAAAAAAAAGUUGCAAAAGAAAAAGAAAGCCUUUAAACUGAGUCAGAAAACGAGUUCCAUUUAAAUGUUGAUAAUAAUUAUAAAAUAAGACUCAGAUAGUUAUGAUAAAACUCUACCCUUUCCAGUUUAAGAACUUAAAGGAUAUGUACUAAAAUAAUGGAAAUGCUUUAAAAUCUUUAGUUUUAUUUCGUAAUAAUAUUUUAAUUACUAUAUAAUUAAUAUUUAUUUAAUAGUCUUUUUUUUUUUAGUUUAUACACCUAAAAACGUUUAAGAAAAUGUUACUAAGGCAUUAAAUUUUUAUUUGAAACCGCAAGCGCAUUUUCAACCAGACAUUAAAGCAGAUUUUAAGAUACACGAUAAGUGUCGACAAUAUAUACGAUAAGUGUGAAACACUUACGAUAAGUAUGGAAAACUCCGCUUUAAAAUUUGAAUCAAAAUAAGUACAUUAUUAAUUUAAGGUGGUUAUCAGGUAAAAAAAUAGCGAUUUUUGUGAAAAAAUGUGUUUUUUAGUUUAUCAGCCAACUUUGUUUAAAAUUUAAUUGGCUUUUUAACCAUAUAUAACAUGAUAUGGGUUAAUUAAUAAAAAAAUGUAAAAAAAUUGUUUUAGUUGGUAAGAGUAAAAAAAAUUUACUUAACAACCGCAUAGCAACCAAUAAUUUUUUAUAGAUAUAUUACCCAAAGACCUAGAUUUAAACAAUUAUUUCUUUUCAUGGGUCUGUAUAAUUAACUAAACUUUUGAACCAGAGUUAUUUUUAGCAAAGCCGUAUGUUUUGAUGUUAUUUGUUAAGCAGAAAGAAAAAAGUUUAAAGUUGUUAAAAAAAGUUUUAUUAUGGCAAAGAAUAAAAGUUUUAAAAAUAGAAAAGUUAAACGAGUUUUUCAAGGUAAUAGAUAUACUAAGAAAACAGUUGAGGUUUUUUUGCAACAGCCUUCAGCUGUAAUAAAUUACAAUGAUGGUUUGAGAGGUUUCACAAGAAUUUUUGAUUAUUUGCAGCUCUUGCCUGGAAGUUUUAUGAUCCAAGGAUCGUGGAAGAAGGAUGUAUCAAGAGUAAAGAACACGAUUAAAAAUUCAACUCCAAAGCAAAAAAGGGCUAGAAGGAAAAGGAGAUGUAUCAGGAAGGGUUAUAUUGAUAAGGAGAAAGAAAAAGAGGGAGUAGACUCUUAUAUUACAGGAAAUUUUUAAUUAAUAAAUUGUUUUUAAACUUUGAA